CGUGCUUUUGCAUCCACCAUGGGCCGCACAACCUGCGCUUUUUCUCUCCUCCCCCAACACCUCCCAUUCGCCAUCACCAACAGUCCAUCCUGACGCGUCCCCGCCCGGAAGCCCGACGCGUUCCCGAACGGCCAUACUGAGACUCGCUUCCUCGCGAACCCGUUGCUGGAUUCCAAAGACCGCCCGCUCCCCUCCCAAACGGCUGCUCCUCUUCCACCCGCUCGCCUAUGAGGGCGCGCCCGCCGAGCACGACCUGCCGGACUCUCCUGUGACAAGUCUAGUACACGGCCGCCCUGCCUCGGCGUGAAGCCGCAGUACGCAGCUGCAAGACGGUUGCAGUGGCGGCGGCAUCGCAACGAAUCGAGCAACCCACUCGCUCCCUCCCCUCUCCCCGCGCCAGCUAUACAGGCUACCUUUUCCAGCACCCGCCCAAAACCGCCGCAGCCUUUUCCGGACGUCCACGGCCGAGAGGACAGCGUCGCCAUGGUCCUCUUCAAGCGCCGCAAGGUUGAAACCGUGCCCAUACCGCCCAGCCUCAAAUUCGCGCCGAACACCGAAGUAAGUUCUGAAUCCAGCAUCAGGCGCACACGCGAGCGUACGUGCGCGUGUGCGCGCUCUGGCAUCACGCAGGACAUUGGCGAAGAUUCGAGCGGAGGGAACAUGCGCGAUUCUCUCUCUCUCUCUCUCUCUGUGAGCGGCAAGGCUGACCAGGCUUGUUUUCAUCAUCUAGGUAUGGGAGAUCACACAGACGGGCGAACUGUUCACAAGCUACGAGGCAUAUCUGGAGAGGUACGAAGUCGACAUGGCACGUCUUGCAGCCAUGGGCACGACGUCCUGUCAUUAUAUAAGAUCACGACCUUGGCUGACACGCAGGCACGCCACGCCAACAGGCGAGACUUCUAUUGGCAGAAAGAUUUCACGUGCGAGAUCACGGGUCAUUCGAAUCUGACCUUCUUCGACGCGUACGAGAGUGAGACCGCGAGCCUUCGCCAGCUAGACAUUCAGUUCCCAGAGCCUCUUCGGGAGCCCAUACUAAAGAAGGCCCAGUUCACAACGUUUGGCAGGCUAGAGUAUCUGGUGAACUGGAUCUACGAAGCGUUCAAACAUGAUUUCUUUCCGCGCGAACACGUGAUCGCCAUCCUCGACAACGGUGAAAAGGCAGAAGGCAUCGUGCGCGAGAAGGUCUCCUUUCCGGACAGGUACAUGAACGGCGUGCUCCAGCCGGCGACGUCGCGCUAUCUGGUGUCGGUCGAGGCUGAUCCGUCCUCGAAACGCGAAGCCAUGGACGUGCCUGUCGAGGGCGCCAACAUCUACCGUGACCGACGCAACUUUUCAAAGCUGCUUCUUCGAUCCUUCCUCAAGGGUGCCCUGCAGAAGGAGUCGUGGCAUGGCGCUCCUUGGCUGGUCAAGAUGCACCUUGCGCAAGAAUACAACAUCCCUACAGAAAUCCCUCCACACCUGCACCAACGCGCCGUCAUGGCGGAACGGAAAAACCUGCUGGCCAUGCAGAAGCGUGCAGAGCCCAUCGACCAGACCACAUUCUUCAACUACCUGGCCAGCAAACAGCGGCCGCUCGAGGUUCGACCGCCACCAGGCGGCAAGGGCGGUAAGAACCAUCGUUUUAUUCAACAGGACAUUGGAAAGUAUGUGCAUAAGAAUGGCGAUCCUGCCCUUGUACAGUACCAGGUCACGCCGGGCGGCACGCCUGUGCCCAUUCUUCUCCCCGACCAAGGCAACCCUCCGCCUGCCGGCCAGCCUUUGGCGGCCGGCAUGGCCAAAUCCACCGGCGGACCCGGAGCUACCAACGCUCAAUAUCCAGUCACAGCAAAUGCUCAGUAUACCACGAAGGCCGAGGUGGUCCCAACGCCUCCCCCGCCACAAAUCAAGUUCCCAUGCGAGGAUACGGAGGUUCCACCUCGAAAAGAUGUGCCGCCACGGCCGAGCUUGAAAUUUUUCUCCGAAGACUUGCCGUCCGGGGAGCUUGUUGCCGAUCCCGUGAACCCGGGCUUGAAGAUUUCAUCCGUCGGCACGUUGCUUGAGAUAUGGGACACCUUGAAUGUGCACUCCGAGGUCUUCGUGUUGGAUUCGUUCACAGUCGACGAUUUUGCAGAGGCCAUGCGGUUCUCGUCGCCGGACGUGGAUUGCGAGCUCUUGAACGAAGUUCACUGCGCCGUCUUGAAACAGCUUGUGGAUGAGCAGGGGGACGUCCAAGUCUCGCUGCCGGAGUUUGAUCCCAGCGACAGCGAGGAUGAUGAGGAGGAGGAGGAAGAGGAGGAAGAGCCGUCUGCAGAACCAUCGCCGGAACCGCAGUUUCGCCGCACGACGCGAAGCAGCUUGAGGAAAGAGGAGGCUGCGGCUUUGAAGCAGCGAACACCCACUCCGGAGCCGAAGGAGGUUCAUCAAGCCGCGGCAAUGCAAGGCGAGAGGCCGUGGAAAGACAGACUGAAGGAGCGCGACUUCAAAGACGGCGGCUGGCAGGUGAUACUGGUCGGCGUGCUGCAUCAAGUAUCGCUCAUGCCGCGCAAAAAGGAGAUCUGCGACAAGAUUCUUUCGAUACUUGCCCCAAUCGACAAGGAUCCCACGGAUGAGACAGCCAAGUCGCAAUACUUCACCGCUUUAGAUGUCAAUUUGAGAUUGGAAGCUCUGCAAAUCAUCACCCAGCUUGCGACGUCCACUCCGGCACUUAGGAAGCAUCUUGAAGACAUGAGUGCUGAGAUGACGGAGCUGAGGAAGAAAAAGAUCGAGCAGCAGAGGUUGAAAAAGGAUAUUAUCGACGAGCUCCACAAGCUCGACGAACAGCGGAAAGAGCUGGCAUCGCAGAUCCAGGCGAAAAAGCCUGAGGGUGAAGCUAACGGCCAGGCCGACGUUGAGAUCUCUGACAUUCCGUCCGCCACGAACGGCAUCGCGGACUCACGCGAGGGCUCGGAAGAUGAGGCCCCCCCGGUGCAGCUGCGUCGAGGCGCGGACCGCAAACGGAAGCGCGAGGAGGAGGCCGCACGGCGCGAGAAGGCCAAGAAGGAGAAAGCGGCGCAGCCCAAGCGCACGAGGGAAGAGAUCAAGCUUGACAAGCUUGUCGAAGAGAUCGAGACGAAGAAGGCCGACAUUCUCGACUGCGAGGAGAAGAUCGCCGAGUACACGAAUGACCUACGGGAGACGGACUGCCAGCGCUCCAAGUGCUUGGGACGCGAUCGUUUUUGCAACCGAUACUGGUGGUUCGAACGGAACGGCAUGCCUUUCGGCGGGGUGCCGCACACGAGCACGGCACACUACAACUACGCGAGCGGUCGAAUAUGGGUCCAGGGUCCAGACCAGAUCGACCGCGAGGGCCUUCUCGACCUGGACAAGGACCUGCAGGCGAGCUACUUGCAGGUGUUUGACAUUACCAUAUUGGACCGCAAGCAGAAGGAGGAGGGCGACACCCACCUGGAGACGGCGGACCACUGGGGCUACAUCGACGAGCCGGAGAAGAUUGAUCAGCUCUUGGGCUGGCUCGACGAGCGUGGCCUGCGCGAAAAGGCGCUGCGCAAGGAGCUGCUUGCGUGGCGCGAGAUCAUUGUCGACUGUAUGAAGAAGAUGCGCGAGCACUUGGACGAAGUGGCGGCGAAGAAGUUGAACAGCAAGCAGGACGAGGAGAGCAUGCCGACGCGGAUCAGCACGCGGACGAAGGCACACGCGGCCGACGUAGACAGAAACGAGUGGCCGUGUCUGCAGUGGCACAACACACUUGCCGUGGAGGCCUUUGGCAUCCUGCACAGCGAGGGCAUCAGGAAGCGCAGAAGAGGCGUGGCCAAGAAGGUGGAGAAAGCCAGCAAGAAAGAUACGAAGCUUGUCACGAGGACUGGGGCGAGUUAUGGACGGAAAUAAGGAAGGAGAAGAGGAGAAAAAUUAAAACAAAAAGCACAUGCGGGAGGCUAGGUACUAUGUGUGCGCAUGCGCAUGUACGUGUGCGUAUGCCUAUGCGUAUAUAUUUGUAAAAGACAUCUAGAGCAUCUGGGUUGGCGGGUUCCAGGUACGUUUGCAUCGUCUGCGGACGCACGCAUGUGUGUUUCACACGGCCAAAUCAUUGUGAUGUACACGAUGAAGGAUAGAGAACCAGGACCUUUUUAUUUUCCCAAUUAUACUGGCUUGGCUUGCCAGGCUGUUGGCGUAUGAGAUUUCCCCAGCAUCCCAAGGAAAGGGGUGGAGACAAGCAUCUUUUUGCAUAGCAUGACGUUGAGCAUGGAGGCAUCCGUCAUUACUUUUCAAAAAAAAAAAAAAAA